AUAACAUGAUGCUGUUGAUUUGCUGUACACAAGUAGCAAAUGCUGCCUAUAAUUCAGGGUGUCCAUACAUGUGCUAUUACGAUGUAAAAGUACUGUGUUUGUGUGUAUCGAUUUAGCCUACUUGGUGAUGCAGUCCUUUUUUAUACUCCAGAUUUCUGGAGAGUGGUCUCGAGGACUUUUUGUGAUCAAACCUGAAGAUGAGGACAUUCACACUGCCAAUGAGCGCAGGCUAAAGGAGCUGAUAGGUGCACCUGCAGGGAAGCUGCACACUGGCAGGAGCAGAAACGACCAGGUUGUGACUGACAUGAGGUUGUGGCUGAGAGAUGCCAUCUCAACCCUGACAGACAAUGCCCUACAGCUGAUGUCCACCAUGGUGGAGCGGGCAGCAGCAGAAAUUGACGUCCUCUUUCCUGGUUACACCCACAUGCAGAGAGCUCAGCCAAUCAGAUGGAGCCACUGGAUUCUCAGUCAUGCUGUUGCUCUAAGCAGAGAUGUUGACCGACUUCUGGAGAUCAAGAAAAGGGUUAAUGUUUUACCUCUCGGCAGUGGCGCCAUCGCUGGAACCCCAUUCGACAUCGACAGGGAGCUGCUGCGGAAAGAGUUGGAGUUUGAUAGCAUCAGUCUUAACAGCAUGGAUGCCACGGGCCAACGGGACUUUGUAGCGGAGUUCUUGUUCUGGGCUUCGUUGUGUUUGACCCAUCUCAGUAAGAUGGCCGAGGACCUGAUGCUGUACAGCACAAAAGAGUUCUCCUUUAUCUCUCUCUCUGACGCUUACAGGAUGAAUUGUGCUGGGUUCAUGAUGACACUGAAGGGCCUGCCCAGCAGCUACAACAAAGACCUGCAGGAGGACAAGGAGGCCAUGUUUGACUGCUAUGAUACGGUUCACGCUGUGCUGCAGGUGACAACUGGAGUCAUGUCAACUCUCAAGAUUAACCAGAGUGUGAUGGAAGCCGCUCUCAGUUCGGACAUGUUGGCUACUGACUUGGCCUACUACCUUGUGAGGAAGGGGGUGCCGUUCAGAGAGGCCCAUGGUAUUUCAGGUAAAGCUGUGUUUGCAGCUGAAUCCAAAAAUAUCGCCCUGAAUCAACUCACUGUGGGUGACCUGAGUGCUGUUAGCCCUCUGUUUGGAAGUGACGUAUCCUCAGUGUGGGACUACAGGAGCAGUGUGGAGCAGUACAGCGCCCCCGGAGGCACAGCCAAGUGUAGCGUUGCUGCACAGGUAGAACACCUGAGGAACUGGCUCCAUGUUUUAGUUUGUACUGCAGAACGCCCUGUGGAUUUUCACUCCGAUGCCUCUCGACAACCUGUUCACGGUUUUUAGUUGGAACUAUAAAGCAUGGAUCCGCCUUUUUCGGAGAAUCAUCAGGAUGCUCAAUAAUGCAAAUUCCUCCACUUUGGGGAAGGAAUCCGAAGUGUGUUAACAGAACAUCAGGCAAUGUCUGAUCAGCACCGAUCCUCAACAACGCCCAGUCAUGCUUGUGCCCUGACGCAUCAUGGCAGUUUUCAAAUCCAGCAACUUCUUCCACUUCUACUCCUGACUCCAUCUGGCCUACACUUUCAUAAGAGAAAUCGACUGUGAGCUUCUCAUUAAGCUGCCCUGUACUCUCAUUUUUUCUUUUUCAGGCUGAGUUGUAAUGACAGACAAGAAGGUGAUGUAGUAUCUUACCAACAAGAAAAGGUCAUACAAAUUAUUAACUGUUACAGUACACAUGGAAUCCUCAUUAUCAAUGAUAUGUAUUGUGAUUUACUAAUGACACCGCAAUAAAAACCACAGAUGUAACAUG